AUGUCAAAAGAAAAGAGCAGCGUACCGAAAGUGGGACAGAUGGAUGGGCAAAACUUAGAGUUGAAAAAAGGCAAAAAGAGGAAAAGAGCUCAGCCGGCAAAUGAUGGCUGGAGCGGUAAGAAGGGAGCCGGGCAGCUGACCAAGUUCGACAACUCUGAUGAUGAGACUCCCAAGCCUGUUCCAGAACGAGAAACGCAGAGUGAACUGCCAAAGGAACCGGAAAAUGUCUCUGAACCCUCAGCUGAACGGCCGGAAAAGUCAUCUAAGCGCAAGAAACCAGAAGUAGCACCAGAAUCUGCAAAACCCAACACGAAGUCCGACCAAAAGGCUAAACCGAGGAGCAAGCAGUCUGAGAAACCUCGAAACUCUCAGCAAAAUGUCAUGGUACCACCUCAUCUACUCAAGAAGCGGGAUGAGUUGCGACUAGUCCGCAAAACACUUCCGAUUUGGCCACAGGCGGACGCCAUCAGAGCAGCGCUGCAAAGAAACAAUGUACUCGUUCUCACCGGAGAAACUGGUUCCGGAAAAUCGACACAAGUGCCCCAGUUCUUGGUAAAUGAGUCCUGGUGUACUGGGUGCAUAGCCAUCACCCAACCUCGAAGAGUAGCAGCGAUUUCCCUAGCACGGCGUGUUGCGGAUGAAAUGGGCAGCUUGAUCGGCGAUAAAGGACCCGCGGCCAGAGUUGGUUACAGCGUCCGUUUCGAUAAUGCAGCUGGGAAGCAUACCAAAGUCAAGUUUUUGACGGAGGGUAUGCUGCUCCAGGAGAUGCUUAGAGACCCCAACAUGUCGCAGUACAGUGCGGUGGUUGUGGACGAGGUUCACGAACGCAGUGUGAACGUCGAUUUGAUUCUUGGAUUUUUGCGAAAUUUGUUGGCCGAUAGAGAAAGUCUCAAGACGAGAAAGCAUCCGCUCAAGGUUGUGGUGAUGAGUGCUACGGCCGAUGUCGAGAGCCUUGUCAAGUUCUUUGGAGAUAGCCAGACGACACCAAAUCCGGAGCAAGCAAUUGAGAAGCCAAGUAAAAAAGAUGCGAGCAGGUCGGAUACAGGAAAAGUGUCAACUUGCUAUGUUGAGGGACGACAAUAUCCAGUCAAGACGAUAUAUCUGCCACAACCAACACAAGACUGGGUCGAAUCAGCCUUGAAGCUCGUGUUCCAGAUACACUACAAAGAGCCGCUACCUGGAGACAUCCUCGUGUUUCUCACAGGUCAGGAUACCAUUGAGGGUCUUGAGAAGCUCAUCAAUGACUAUGCUGAAGGCAUGGACGAGGAGGUUCCCAAACUCAUCGCUCUUCCACUUUUCGCAGCCCUCCCACAGCAAGCACAACAGCGCAUCUUUCACCCAACACCCUUCCGAACGCGACGAGUCAUCCUCGCGACAAACAUCGCAGAAACGUCCGUCACCGUCCCCGGUGUCCGCUUCGUGAUCGACUGCGGAAAAUCCAAAAUCAAGCAAUUCCGCAACCGCCUGGGUCUCGAAUCACUCCUUGUAAAACCAAUCUCAAAAUCCGCAGCCAUUCAACGCAAAGGCCGCGCCGGUCGAGAAGCCCCAGGUCAAUGCUACCGCCUCUACACGGAAGAAGGCUACAACUCCAUGGAAGACCGCACAAUCCCCGAGAUCCUCCGCUGCGACCUCAGCCAAGCCAUCCUAACCAUGAAAGCCCGCGGCAUCCACGACGUCCUCGACUUCCCCUUCCUGGACCGACCCCCCCGCGAAGCGCUCGAAAAAGCGCUCCUCCAACUCCUCCACCUGCAAGCCCUCACGGAAACCGGUGCCAUUAGCCCCACCGGUCUGGCCAUUGCAAAAUUCCCCCUCACACCCACCCUCGGCCGCGUCCUCGUCGAAGCUGCCAAACCAGAACGCGACUGCCUCCUCGACAUCAUCGACGUCAUCGCCGCGCUCAGCGUGGAAAACGUCUUCCUGAACCUCGUGUCUGAAGAGCGCAAGGAAGAGGCUGAGGAGGCGCGGCGAGACCUUUUCCGUCGCGAAGGUGAUCAUAUAACACUCCUCGUUACCGUCCAGCGCUUCGCCGUAGAGGAGAAAUCGUUGCGGAAAGCUUGGUGCGAGAAACAUUUUGUCUCGCACCGCGCUAUGGAUAAUGUGAUGAAAAUUCGUACCCAACUCAUCGAGCAGUGUAGACAGCAGAAGUUGCUGGCGGCUGAUGCUACGGCUUCGGAGGGCGCGCCGGAUGAGGCGAGGUGCGAGACUAUCCUCAAGUGUUUGCUGAGGGGCUUUAUAGGUAAUACCGCGCGCUUGAUGCCGGACGCGAGUUAUAAGACGCUCAUGGGGAAUCAGACGGUGGCGAUUCAUCCGAGUUCGGUGUUGUUUGGUAAAAAGGUUGAGGCGGUGGUUUUUACAGAGUUUGUGUUUACUGGGAGGGCGUGGGCUAGGGGCGUUAGUGUUGUGCAGUUGGGGUGGGUGGAGGAGGUUGUUGAGGGGAUUGUGUAG